AUGUAUGAAACGAUUCUCGAUCCAGAGAAAUUAGCUGCAGAUGUUGUGGAUACGGUCCGAGCCGGCACACAAGCCCCAUUAUCAGACUGUGUGAAGACAGCGAGAAUCGUUUUUGAGACUCUUCUUCAACAUACAAAUGAUGAUGUUCUUCGAAAAGUCUCCGGAAUUCUAGUCAACUUUCAACCGAAUUUGUUGGAAUGCUUUGAUGCGAGAUUAUUGGGAACUUUGAGGGACCGGUUAGAUGAUUGGUUAUCGGAAAAGGCCGAGCUGAGCUAUUCGAUCUCACAACAAGAUGAUGCAUACAUUGAUGAUCUCAAUACUUUCUCGAACGUUGCGGAGAAAACGGAUCCCCGAAUCCCACAAGCGGUGAUUGCCGUGAAUGAUUAUGAAUUUCUGUAUAAACUCAACAAUCUUUACAUUAUGGAUCAAAGUCAAGAAGUGAGAUUGGCGUCAAUUCGUUUAUUAUCUACUUUGGCCUCAUUUCUCCCAACUGUCAUUUGUUGUUUGAUUGAGACAAAGCUUCCAAUGGUUUUAGCUCCUGCCAUCACAAGCUCUAGAUACUCGAAAGAAGAGAAAUCACUGUGCAUCAAAUUGUUGGAUAUGAUGGCGAUGAGUGGACAAGAGUUCCCAUUGCAUCACUUGAGCUGUUUCAAUGAUGUUUUCUUCUCGAAACUCUCAAAUCUCCACGAUGACAAAUCAGCAAUCCAACUCUUCGCAAACAUUUAUGCAAACACUCCACAAGAAGUUAAGGACUUUGCCUUAACCACUCUCCGAUCAAAUAAAAAUGCGAAUUUUGGGCAACAUCUCAUCGAUUUUGCAAAUCUAAAAGGCGGCCUUCCAUCAAUAACAUUGUUGAAAGAAUUAUUGUCAUCAAGUCCAGAAGAAGUAGAUGAUCUCUUUUAUCGAAAUGAUCUAACCGUUGCAUCAACAGUCGUCAGUCGAGAGUUGUUGAAUAGUGAAAAGAGAGAGGUCCGUGUAAAGUGUUUGGAAUGCAUUGGAGCGUUGGCCGAUCUCGGUCUCAAUGAUUAUUCAAUGAGAGACGCCGUCGAGAAUUGUGAUGUAGUGGGAGAAGAGGAAUUGAUUGAAGAAAUAAAACAAAAGUUGAAUCAA